AUGGCCUUCGAUUAUUCUCAAGAACUUAUGAAUGAUUAUGAAAAAUUACUUGAAAUUGAUAAAGGAUAUGAUGUUAUUAUUUACGCUGGUGAAGAUGAAGUUGAAAUAUAUGCACAUUCACUUAUUUUAUGUAUUAGGUCUCAAUACUUUCGAGCGGCAUUCUCUAAUGAAUGGGCAAAUAAAAAAGAUGGAAAAUUUAUACUUAAUAAACCUAACAUUUCUCCUCAAAUAUUAACAAUUAUUUUAAGGUUUAUUUAUUGUGGAAGGAUCAAUUUAACAGAAUUACAAGGUUCAGAAAUUUUAAACCUUUUGAUAGCAGUAGAUGAACUUAAUGUUCAAAUAUUAAUUCAAUGUAUUCAGGAUUAUUUAAUUAACUACCACUACGACUUUUUACAACAAAAUUCUAUGGAAAUUCUUGAAACUGCUUAUCAAUUUGAAGCUUUCACAAGUUUAUGGAAUUAUUGUCUUGAUAAAAUUUGUGAAAACCCAGCUGUAUUAUUAAGAUCUGACAAAUUUAUCAAUUUAAAAAAAUCUUUAUUAGAAUUAAUAUUAAAACGGGAUGAUUUAUUAUUGGAUGAAAUUGUUAUAUGGGAUAACUUGAUUAAAUGGAGUUUCGAUCAGCAUCCUUCUAUUCAGAAAGAUGUUAAGAAAUGGAAUAAAGAAGAAAUCACAAUUAUGGAAAGAACUCUUCAUAAUUUUAUUCCUUUAAUUAGAUUUUAUCAUAUGUCUUCAGAGGAUUUUCUUUCAAAGGUAUAUCCUUUUAAUGCAUUACUACCUGAAGAUAUAAUUAAUAAUUUACUUACAUUUCAUACGAAUUCAAAUAAGGAAUUAAAUAUUAAAAUACAACAACCUCCUAGAAGUCCCAAAUAUGAUUCGAUUAUCAUUAACAGCAAACAUUUUGCUCACUUUUCUAGUUGGAUUAAAAAGAAAGAUAAUUUUUUUUAUAAUGAAAGCAAUAAUCCUUAUGAUUUCAAAUUGCUUUUUCGUGCUAGUAGAGAUGGCAAAACACCUGCAGACUUUCAUGCUAAAUGUGAUAAUAAAGGAACUACUAUAGUUAUAUUAAAAAUUCCAAAUUUGGAACAAAUUUUGGGAGGAUAUAAUCCAAUUAAUUGGAAUUCAAAUUGUCAAUGGAAGUAUACAUCAGAUAGUUUUAUAUUCUCAUUUACAAAUAGAAAUAAUUUUCGAACUGCAGAAGUAGGGUAUAUUAAAAAAACAGAUUAUGAUUGUGCUAUACAUUGUCAUCAAAAUUAUGGACCAGCAUUCGGUGAGGGAUAUGAUUUAUAUCAAGAUAAUGAUGGUAACUGGAAAAGCUUUAAUUCAUGCUCUUAUUAUAAAAUUAAUAUUCCACUAGGUAAUGAGGUGGGUGGUUAUAAUGCUUUUAAUGUAGAGGAUUAUGAAGUUUUUCAAGUUGUUAAUAAAUAA